AUGAAGGGAAACUCUAAAGAACUUGCUUUAUAUUAUAAAGAACUUCUGCAAAAUGGUCAUAAUUCUGAUGUAAUUAUUCGCUUUGGUCAAGGAGAAAGUUUAGAGAAGCUUUAUGCACAUUCCCUUAUUUUAAGAACACGCUCCACCUUUUUUGAUACUGCUCUUUCCAGUAGAUGGGCUAAAAAAGAAGGAAAUUCCUUUAUUAUUGAAAUGAAAGAUGUGUCAAUAAAUAUAUUUAAAGCAGUUUUAAGUUACAUAUAUACUACAGAAAUUUCUUUAAACGAAUUAGAUGGUUUUAAGAUCUUGGAAUUUUUAGUAGAAAUAGAUAAAUUACUUCUUAGUGAAGAAAUCGAUAGUAAAUUAUUUUCUUCAAUACAAGGACGAUUGGAAGAAUUAAUACAAAGUGAUGCAAUUAAAGUAUUACAAAUUGUUUUUCAAUAUAAUAUAUUCGAAUCACUUCGUGAACCAAGUCUUAAACUUAUAUGUGCACAUCCAGAUGAAAUAUUUGAACAUUCAAAUAACUGGGAAAAAAAUGAUUACAAUAUAUUUAAAGAGGCUAUUAAUGAAUUUAUUCCUUUAAUUCGCUGGUUUCAUAUUUCAAAGAAAGAAUUUAAACAACAUAAGAAAUUUCUUGAAAAUAUUUUAUCAAAAGAUUUAUUUAAUAAUAUUUUAAAUUAUCAACAUGAUCCUAAUUCUGUACCAACAAAAGCCGGAGUUCUAAAAUCAAGGAAAUUAUUUUAUAACCUAUUCAAAAACGAAUCAAACUACGUACUUUUUAGCUCGUAUGAUGAUCUUGUCAAUAUUAAUAAAAGACUGUUUGAAAUUAAGGAUCAAUAUGAUGUCAUAAUUCGUGUUGGUGAAGGCAAUAAAGAUCCUUUUAUUUUUACAGUUGAAAAUAUUUCAGCAACAAUUUUUGAAGUCAUUUUAAGAUAUUUAUAUAUUACCGAAAUUGAUUUUGAAAACUUAGAUGGAAUUAACAUUUUAAUGCUUAUUGAAGCAGCAAAUAGAAUGGACCUUGGAGUUAUUAUCACUAAUCUAUUAUCAUCUGCUAAUUUUGCUGUUAACAUUUUAAGAAAGCUGA